UUGGAUUGGAGGAUCUUUAUUUUGCUCUAGAAGCAAACUGGUUUGCAGCAAACAUCACAGUUUCCACGCAAACAUCACAUCACAACACAAGUGAUAUCAAUCAAUCAAUCAAUCAAUCAAUCAAUCAAUCCAUCAAUCAGUCUUUAUUUGUAUGACACUUUUCAUUCAAAAACAAUAUAGCACAGAGCAGAGGAAUAAAAUAAACAAAGAAAACUCUGAUCCAUCCCAACCAAACCCCUAAUUCCGGCCUCGCAAUCAAAGCUCAAUAGAAACGUGAGUUAAAAUACAUGAACUGGAAAAGGCUCGACUGCGGAAACGCUGUUUUAAAACUCAAGAUUAGGAAACACUGGAGCUUUAAAAUCUAAAAACAAAGAAACAUAAAAUAAAAUUUAAGAAAUAAUAAAUAAAAUGAAAUAAAAACAACAGUAAGAGAUACUAAAAUAAGAGCACCAAAAUAACUCAAUAAAAGAGUUAUGUGAAAACACUUAAAGUUAAUAAUAGAAACUUGACUGAAAAGAAGACUAAAAAGGUUUGUUUUCAGUUAGAUUAGGUUCAGUCUUCAGGUCUUUAAGCUAAUAUCCAUUAAACAAAAUAAUUAAACAUAAUUAUCUUUGAGAGAAACUUUACACGUUAUUAUCACUUAAAAAUAAAAAAAGUAGUUACAGAUCCUUGUUGUAAUUUUUUUUUUUAAAUCAAAAAAUAAAAUAAUAAAAAUAAAAACUGAUGAAACUCAGUUUAGGAAGGUUAAUUUUUCUUUUUUUAAACCUCCAAAAAAGUAAAUAUCCAACACAUCAGAGCGGUUUUAUUUAUGUUUGCAUGAAUUUCUCAUUAAUAAAAUAAUGACCUCAUAUUGUUUUAAUCACCGCAGACGAACACUCCUCAUGAGACAGUGAAAACAGAAACCAGCAACGCAAAUAACAGGUUUCACCACGGCAGGACUACAUUUCCCAGCAGCCCCCGCGCCCCAAGCAGGAAGAACGUUCUCUCGCAGGGGCUCACACUGAUCCAAGUUAGGAGCUUUCAGCUGCCAGCCUUGGCCCAUCAUGUAAGUGCUGCGGACUGCUCUUUGCAGUGCAUUUGCAGAAAUUACCCGAUUAACCGACGCUCGCGGGGGCUGUGCAUCCACACCGGCGCCCCGUGCACGGACACGCACGCCCCGGACGCCAAAAGGCUCCAAGUGCAUGAAGAUCGAGGCUGGUAUUUUUGCAUCUUUGUUGCAGCAGAAGGGAAGCCGCUGAAGCUCCAGAGCUGCGAGCGAGAGAGAGAGAGAGAGAGAGAGCGAGAGAGAGAGAGCGAUGGAGGGAGGGAGUGAGAAAGAAGGCAAAGUCUUUUGUGCUUCCCCUCCCCCUCAUCAAAGCAGAGGGGAAAUGUCUCAGCCGAAGGGAGGUAAGAAUAUCCACGCCGAUCCGUGCACUAACUAGCGACGUGCAAUCACGGCUGCACGCGCUGCAACAUGCACCGCUGCAGCGCGAGCUCGGCCGGUGCAUUUUAAAGUUAGACGGUUUCGAAGGGGUCAGUUUGCAUUUCCUGUUUGCAGAUGAUCUUCCCCCUUUGCACAGUUCCUGGUAAGACGAUGCUUCAUGUCCUCCUCACUCAUAUUAGCGGCGCUGCUGCUGCUGCCGCUGCUGCUGCACCGACUGACCUGCACGGAUGGUGGUGGGAGAAGCGCCUUUAAUAGUCACGAGAUUGACAAGGACACACGAGCAACUCCUCGGAAUAAACUCUGCACGAGUUAAUGCAUGCCUCGUGCACGUAAACAUGCGUGGUUAAGGUGCGGGAGUGACGUGACAACCUGCAGCUGUCAGAGGGUCCGAGUCUCGAGUGUUUAUUGGCUGCAGAUUUCUGCUUAUGAGGGAGAAAAUGGAAAAAAGCUAAGAAUAGACUUAGUUGUGGUGUGUUCAGGAGAACAGGGGGGCUUGUUCAGGCUGUUACAAAACAAGUCUGCAAGUAUGAAACCCCUCUGUGUGUGUGUGUGUGUUUGUGUGUGUUUGUGAUGACCAACUUUUCCCCCUCUGCAUGCACACAGAGAAGCACGCACGCCACACUUUGACCCCGCUUCCCUGCAGCCUGACAGCUCUGCAAGUUCAUCGUUGAAUGCACGAGGCGGAGAGAGAGAGAGAGAGAAAAAACAGCUGCAGUGAAGGCAGCUCGCUCGCUCGCUCAGCUCAGCUCAGCUCAGGCCUCUUUCCUCCCAGUGCCCUGUUUUCCAAGAAGUCCAAAGAGAGGCUGGUGUAUUGCACAACAUGCAGAGAACACACACACACACACACACACACACACACACACACACAACACACACACACAGUCAGUCAGCGAGGGGCCGUGCAGGACAGGAGCAGGUAGGAGAGAGAGAGGGGGAGAGAGGGAGAGAGCCCCUGAUGGUCAGAGCCUCGCACUGUUCCUCUGCCUCGCUCAGUCACUCAGUCGUCCGCCCUCCUACACACAGGAACCGUCUUGUUGCAGCCGCUUCAUCUUCUGAUGAAUAAUGCACAGACAUUUUUCUCUCGUUUGUGGAUGAAUGAGUCAAUUUGGGACUUUCCUGAGAGCAGAAGUAGGUUUCUGGUGUCAUUCAUAGAUGGAGUACGGUGCAGGAAGUGCAGGCCCACACACAGAUCUGCCGCCGCCGAGGGGAUACAUUGAUUUCUAGAUUAAUCAUUUCUUCAAGUAUUUGUGCCGACUCUUUGUGGGUCAGCAGAGAAGAAGCAGAAUCGACUCUGUCAGUCUCCUAAAGAUCAUUUCCUCUGUCGCAGCAAAGUGAAGCUGCAGAAAUCAGUCGAUUACAUAAGACGUUUAACAAAAAUCAGCUACAUUUGGUCAAAUCUGUUCAUGGAAAAGUCGACUAAGAAGUUCCAGUGUCGCUUUUUGAGAUGAUUCUUCUUUUUUCGUUCGUUUAUUUGGUUUUAAAUUCACCAUUUUUUUAUUGUUCUGGGCGUCAAUGUGUUUUCAGGAAAGUGUGAUCGAUGUUUUCACUGUUUUUUUAUUUUAAAGGAAGAAAAAAAGAGAAAAAAUCGUCCUGGUCGUGUUUUAAAGCUGCAGUGUGAGAUUUAGCAAAACAGACGUGAUGUAGGUCAUUAAAUCAGGUUAUAAUCACAUGAAUAUAAAACGUCAUUUUCUUUUAGUUCACUACUUUUGAGUGACUCCUCUUCCUCGGGAGUUGCCGUUUUUCCCCGCCAUGUUUCUACAGAAGCCCAGAACAGACAAACUCGUCAUAAUUGAUCGUUUUUUGAUUGAUUUACAGGAAUAUAGCGGCUUCACUGAUGGUGUAUCAUAAAGAGGGUCAGACUACAGAUGUUACAGAAUAAGGAUGGACACUGUAUACGAGCAGCUGUCAGUCAAAUGCACAUGUGGUCGCUGUGGUAACGGGCUGACAUGGUGCUUGCUAACAUGAUAUAGAAACAGAGAGACAUGAAUUCAGGCCCUUACACACCGGGAAUGACGCAAAUAUACGAAGCAGUAUUACGAAAUAUUCAGAGGUGAAUUUUGACGCGCCUGUGUCAAAAAUAUGGGAGUGGCUAAUUGCACCUGUUAGGCCACGCCCACUGAUUGUACCUGUUGCUUGUCAAAUGUAAGAAGGUUGGCUCAGACCGUUAAAGAAUUAAGGCAGUUUUGACAUUUAUGAAUUAGAUUGAAAUUCUUAUUGUUGUUGUUCAUGAUGGAGAAAAACAACCAAGACAAUUAACGGUAUUUUACUGUCAUGUUUAUUAGGGGGUGGAGCCACUGAAGAAAAAACCUUGUUGACAUGUUUUUUUACAUGUUUGACUGUAAAGAGUCUGCAUGAUGAGAUUUUGUAGUUGGAAAACACUUCUUAUGUUUAAAGAGACGCAACGGGCUUUUGGGCGUCAAAACGGACUCAAAGUGAAAGUUCCUUACAGGAGCUUUAAGUAAGAUGAAUAAUUUCUGCAGGAGAGUUUCUUUUAAUAAAACAUUCAUAAAAAACAACUUGGAUCCUGCAGAUUUGUAAGAAAUUUAAUCAGUUUUUCAGAAAUUGGAAACAUUUUAAAACCGUGAUUAAAAAAAACAAGAAAAACAUCCUGAUGAGACGUUUAAAUUCUGAUUCACGACUUUAAAACGAGCUCCUGAAGGAAAUGAGAGUCUAAAUCUGCAGCAGCAGAAGAAGCAGCACGUCCUUGAGUUUCACAGAAAUCCUCCCAGACUGAUUGAGUUCUUCAUCCUGUUUCUUCUUCUUUGGUUUUCAUCAGACGUGUGCAUGAAGUCGUCUUCUCCUGCACAAAGCUGCCUCUACAUUCUCCACCAUUGUGUGCUGUGCAGACUGCUGUAGUGUGUGCUGGUCUGUCACAGCGGCCCUCCCAGCUCGUGUUCCCUUCAGCCCGGUUUGGCCCUCGCGCCCCUGCACUAACGUCCCGUUUGUCAUGCAAAUGCAAGCUGAGUUUUCAGCUGCACAGAUACUAAAUUUGCUGUUUCAACGGGCCGAUUGUUGGUCGGGUUCCAGGCCUGGAGAGGUUUUUUUUUCUGCUGCAAUAAGAGUGGAAUUGUUGAGAGUAUUGUUCAGAUGAUCCACUGACUGUACUUCAGUCUGUGAAGGAGGGUUUAAUGAGUAAGCAAGCACGCAUUCAGACGACAGCAACUUCUCCGUCAGGGAGAAUUAAACUCGCUGUUCAGGAGGUUUUUCGACGAUUACUGCUCAUUUUGUCACACAUGCAUUCACAGCUGAGGUGUGCGGCGCAAUCAUGACUUUAAACGUUUCCAGUAACGCUUAAGAAGAAGUGACUCAUGGAUCCGGUUCAGCUGAAGGUUCCCAGGUCUCCAGUUUGUCGUGCUGAAACAGGGUGAGGACGGGGAAGGAAGGGAGUGUUGCACCACAGCGUGAAGAAUCAUCCGGUUAAAUAGAACAGAGAUCAUUUUAAUCUCUGAUUUCUGCGUCUCAGUGAAAGUUGAAGGAAACAGAAUUAUCUUCAAAGUGGAAAUGAUCAGAAAUGUUCAUGAUCAAUUAGAGAUAAAAAAACAAGUUUUCCUUUGAUGAAAACAUGAACUCUAAAUCCUUUAAUCAUUUAUUUCACUCUCUCUGUCUAAUUGAUACAUGAGCAGAAAUAAUCUGAAUAAAAAAGCGUCACGUAAACAUGUCGAUCGGAAGAUUCUGAUCCAAUUCGACUCAAUCGGAAAGAAAUUAUAUGCCGAUAUAUGCCGAUCGUUAUUCUGAAACGCGUCCAUGUAAACACUUAUUCCGAUUGUGACUCUCUAACCUGACUCCAUCUUCACUCUUUGUUUAUUGAGGUCAGUUCAGGAGGUUUCAUUAUUAACACAACCUCGGCUAACAUAACGAGGUGUACAUACGGCGUAAUGAUGUCACAUCUGCACGCACAGCGCCACCUUUGACAGAACAGUAAAAUAAGUACGCAAGAGCGCCAUCUAGUGACAUUUAACAAGGGAAGUGAACCACUACCGAGUUUGUUGGUUGUUGACAGCUCAGGCGUCAAUACAACUCUUCUUCUUCUUCUUCUUUUGCGAUUGUUUGAGCGAAAUCGGACAACUCUACGCAUGUCCAAAUGUUUCUAACGAAUAAAACUCGGUGCGUGUAUUUACCGUAUUUUUCGCACCAAAAGGCGCACUUAAAAUCCUUUUGGCUUAUUGGCGCACUGCAGCUACGGUAGCCUCGCUGAGUUAUUGAAUGAGUUAAAUAAAGUUUGAUUUAUCUGACUGUUUUGUUUGGUUUAAUGCGCUUUAUAAUCCGGUGCACCUUAUGUAUGAAAAUCGACGUGUUCAUUGAUGGUGCGCCUUAUAAAUACGAUAUUUGAUUUUGCGUCUGUAUAAACAGCUGAUUCAGAUUUUCUGAUCCCUCAAAUUUUUAAUCGGAUCAAGAAAUUUCUCACAUGUAAACGUGACGAGUGAACGUUAUCAGUGACUGUGAGUCGUGAGUCUUAAACCUGUAAAAAGUCUGUUUUUGUCCGAAUCUCUGGUGAUGAAGAAAAGCAGCUGCUCUCUCAGACUCUCUCCCUCUGAAGCUUCUUUUAUUCUGAUAUUAACCGUCAGUCGGCAGUUUUAAACCUGUUUUUCUUAUUGAAUAUUUCCAACAAUCACCGGCUCUUAUUAGCACCUCGGCGACCGUUAGGCAGAACGAGAGAGAGAGUUUGGUGGAUUGUUGACGGCAGCUUUUGUUUGUUUGUGUGUUUUUGUGUUUGUAGAGAGGAAAUAGUCUCAUAAACGCACGGUUGAAAAUUUUACGUGCGACAAAAAAUCAGGAAUUGAGCCGGAGGGGAUCGACAUGAUUGAACAACAUCAGGAAAACAACAUCAUUAUGUUUCUUCAAACUCCUGAUUUUAUCCGAGUCACUUUCUCAGACAGAUUGCGGUUUUGCCAAAGUCCUCGAAGAAACACAUGACCACCUUUGAACACGGGUCACUUCAGGCUGAUCCGGUGUCCGUCCGUUUAAGCGUGGAGGUCUGCGGUGGUCUGGUCCCAGGCGGCGUUCUUGCUCCGAGGCGACCUGAAGCUGAUACCCCGGCGAGUAUCCUUCGCGAUGAUCCGACUACACAGGAAGUGAGGAGUGAGCCGGUGACAAGUUGAUUCCAAGUGGAGCUCGUGACAGCUGGAACCUAAAGGAGCGGCCAUGUUUGGAAGUGUAGAGUAUCUCACAGACUGCCAGAGCGGUCGAAGGGGGGGGAAACAUCCGAGAGGAUUCAGCUGGAGUUAUUUUCAAAUCACUCCCUCCCUCCUCUGUGGCUGUCCUCCUCCUCCUCCUCCUCCUCCUCCUCCUGCUCCUCCGGCUCUGACUGAUCCAUCUUCCUCCUCCUCCUCCUCCUCCUCCUCAGGCUCUCUGGAAUUCCAUUGAGGAACUCUCGGGAUUGUUGGAAUUCCAGCCGGGUGCAUGUGUGGGUUAGCAGCGGGCACGGCAUGUCCCCGUGAUCUGGGCUCAGUCACCUGCACACACACACACACACACACACACACACACACACACACACUCUGCUCCUGCCCUGAAAACCCUCCUGUCAGCAUUAUUCCUCCUCUCCCUGCUCUCCAGGACGAUGACGCUGAUUGCAUGCCUGGUAGCGGGCGUGGCGGAGGCCGGGAGUGCUCAGACGUUCAUCUCCUGUGGCCUCUCUUUGGCAUUUCUCCGCAUACUUCAGCUCAUGUGCUGCAAAUCACCGGGAAUGAUAUGUACUGCUGCUUUUAAUUAGCCCACGCUGCGCGCCACAGUAUGCAGACUCCUCGAUGCUGAGCUCAGCAAGAAGAAAGGAAGGAAUUGUGCAUCGGAGUUAUGCAACAUGAUCUGGAGCGCGUCUGAAACGGGAUAUUUUUAUAUCGUCUCCAUGUUAGCGAGUCUGCUGCAGGAACAUAAUUAAGGACAUUCGCAGCUCUUUAGUGCAGCUCCAGUUUUCUCUUCCUCUUUCUCGUCUUACAGGGAAGCUCUGGACUUUUCCCCUACUGUAGUGUGUCAUGCAUAUCGUUGCAGCUUGACCUUUGACCCUCUUGCCUACACAUUCUUCAGAUUCAGUGAUGCAGUUUUUGACCUUUACAGUAGAGGGCUGUACGCAGAGGUUUACAGAGAUGCCUGUUCAGUCAGAGGUCGACCCUGAGAGCUGCUGUUAGCGCAAGUUAUUAAAACCUCGACUGUAAACUAAAGAGGGGAGGAAACUCUCGCAAAGGAGCUUCUCUACCUGUUGAUAACAUGUCCCCAUACAACUGUUUUACCUCCGAUAUGAUUCCGAUAUUGUCGCCUUCAGUAUUGGCCAAUACUGAUAUUGUAGCCCUGAUGCUGAUAUUUUAGCCAUCAGUAUCGGCCAUUUGCGAUAUUAUAGCCCCAAUACCGAUAUUGUAGCCUUUAGUACUGACCGAUACUGGUAUUGAAGCCUUUAGUAUGGGCCGUUUACGAUAUCGUAGCCCCAAUACCGAUAUUGUAACCCUGAUGCUGAUAUUGUAGCCGUCAAUAUCGUCUGUUUCCGAUGUUAUAGCCCCAAUACCGAUAUUCUAGCCUAUAGUAUCGGCCAAUACCGAUAUUCUAGCCUUCAGUAUCAGGCCAUACCUAUUGUAGUCUUUAGUAUCGGCUGAUACCGAUAUUUUAGCCCCAGUACUGAUAUUGCAGCCUUUAGUAUUGACCGAUACUGGUAUUGUAGCCUUCAGUACGAGGCGUUUACGAUAUCGUAGCCCCAAUAACGAUAUUGCAGUCUUUAGUCUGCUAAUGCUGAUAUUGUAGCCUUCAUUAUUGGCCGAUACAGGUAUUGAAGCCUUUAGUAUGGGCCGUUUACGAUAUCGUAGCCCCAAUACUGAUAUUGUAACCCUGAUGCUGAUAUUGUAGCCGUCAAUAUCGUCUGUUUCCGAUGUUAUAGCCCCAAUACCGAUAUUCUAGCCUAUAGUAUCGGCCAAUACCGAUAUUCUAGCCUUCAGUAUCAGGCCAUACCUAUUGUAGUCUUUAGUAUCGGCUGAUACCGAUAUUUUAGCCCCAGUACUGAUAUUGCAGCCUUUAGUAUUGACCGAUACUGGUAUUGUAGCCUUCAGUACGAGGCGUUUACGAUAUCGUAGCCCCAAUAACGAUAUUGCAGUCUUUAGUCUGCUAAUGCUGAUAUUGUAGCCUUCAUUAUUGGCCGAUACAGAUAUUGAUCUGAUAUUGGCACAAAUUGUACAUGACAAGUACUGCACUCGGCUGCAAUGUCUUUUUCGGACUUUAACGAAAAAUAUUCCCACACGGCCGACGUCACUCUGACUCCUCUCUACUUUGUUCGUACUUUAGUUCACACUGUUGUUGUGAUCAUGUCGGCUCUGUUGCUGGAUCCGGGCGUUUUUAGUUAGACGUGCCGGAGUGGAGUCUGGAAUGGACUGCUUGUAUCAGAGAUUUUAGAUGUGGGCCGAUUUAAUCUGAUAUUUGUUUUUUUUGGCUGAUAUUGGACCGAUAUCAGAUAUUGAUAUCGUUUUUUUAACCUAAUUUCAACCUUCUAGAUUCAGUAUAUUUUUGGACAGAAUUUAGACGUCGCACUUUAACCCAUUUUUCGAUAACUAUUUAUUUCAUAACUGAUCUUCAAGUACGUAACCAACAUAAUCAUGACAGCCGUUGAAAUAGAAAUAGCCGGCUAGUCUAAACUUGGUCUAAAUUUAGACGUCUGAAGAACGUUCAUUUGUAGACCUGAUUUUAGAGAAGUCAUCUAGGCUACAUUUAGACGUCUGUUAGAUCUCUUUAAGACCAAAAAAUGCUCUGUGGGUGCUGCAUCGGUUUAUAUCACAUGCACUAGCUUCAGGAUGUGCACGCCUCUUUCUGUCACCUGCUGUUUUUGCAUAAUACUAACUCUGACUUCUUGGAGGGUAAGCUGCAAAAAAUGAGACCUGGGGGAGGAGCUGGAUGGAAAAUUUUGCAUGAAAAAUGUUGUUGCUGUUGUUUUUGGGUUCACAGUUUCAAAUGUGACAUACGCAGACGUGCAUGACUGAUCACAUUUAGAACUGUUGUGUUACAGAAAUGUGAUUAAAUAGUGACUUCUGCAAAAGUCUUGUAAUGCAUUCAGAUUUUCCCUCAAAGAUGUUUUAAAACCGACUUAAUUUUCAUGCAAACAUCAUAUUUUGGAGGUCUGUCCUGACAGUGUGCAGGAUCUAUGCUCCUCUGUGAAACGCUGAUGUUUGCGUGCUGACAUGCUCACUGUGGCAGAGGUUACUUACUUUUAUGCAGCUGUUAUGAUGUGCACAGAUUUCACAAUCUUUGCUCCGUGUUUGUGCAGAUAAGCAAAAAUACAAAGUACUGCUGAGGGGGGAGACGUGUCCUCAUGUUUGAAAGCAUGAUGGUGUUUUAAAUAUGAAAACAAGUCAUUUACAUCCACUCAGAAACUCCCAAUAGCUGCUCAAGUUUGAAUGCCAAAGCUUUUAGAGGUUUUUAGACGAUUUCAGUCUGGACCAACCGUUUUCAGACGGGAUCAUUUUCUGCUUUUCUUUGUUUUUCAUCUUUGGAAAGGAUAUUUUGGGGUUUGGACCGCAGACAAUGAGACUGUCUGUAAAAUUGAGAGUGCUCAGAAAUAGAGAGUCAGAAAUACGUCUUUAAGGUUGAUUUAUGAUGAAAUACUGUCCUCUUGUUGCUGUAUAAUGUGGGAAAUUAGGAUUUAACACACUAGAGUAAGUCAGUCUAAUUGGUUUGUUUUGCUUCUAACAACUAUUUUCAUGGUUUCAUCUGUCAGGGUUUUUUAUUAUCCGUCUAAAUGUUCUGGUUUUGCUUCAGUUUGCGUGACCCCAGAACGACCUCUCUGAAUUUCUCGUUUUGUCCCUAAAUGACGAAUAAAUCUCCGCUGUUCUGCCAUCGAUCCGUUUGAAUCCAUCGAGCUGCAGAACCUGAAUCUUUUCCCAUCAUUUCUCGUGUUUGAAAGCAGGGCGCACGCUUCCUCCUGCCAGCCGCACAGAUUACAUAAUCCUCCGACCCGCCGACCCCCCUCCACCUCCUCUCUUCUCUUACACUUCUGUUCGAUCCGUGCAGCUGCAGCCGGUUCUGGAGCUUCGCAGAUCUCCUGUGAGUUCAGACAUGUCACUGUAGGAGAGCGGCAGGGAGCUGUGUGUCAUGUGUCUGAUUUGCAUAUGUGGUCGCUGAACUACCUGCAUCACGAGCGCAGCGUGCAGCGUGCCGACACCUGCCUGUCAUGACUGACUGCAGGUUACUUACAGAUCUGUGCCUGCUGUGAACGUCCUCCAUACCAGAGGACGGCGUUAAAGUCAAACGCGCGGUUCGUCAUGUCAGCAUGCGUGUCAGGGCUGAAGCUGCGUGUCGCCUCAUGAUCUCAGAGCAGACCCAGCUGUAAGGCCGGUUCUUCUCUCCUCCUCCGUGGAUGUUGUCACCUCUUUGUGGUCUCACAGUGAAGCUUUUGUUCGGACAUUGUUUGAGGUUAAUCAUGUGACUCAGUUCCACGUCUGCUUGUUGCCGAUUCAUCUUUUUAUUUCGUCAUGUGGAAGCUGGAGUUAGUUCUGCUGAAGAGUCGUUGGUGUUGUUUUUACACUCCGAGGAAGGAGGUUAUCUCAUGAAUUAUCUGGUCCUGAAGAACGGUGGAAAAUUAGACCACAGCCCGGGUUAGGAGGCGUGGGAUGCUGGUUUGGGUCUGGAUUCAUCAGGGCAGAGCCUGGAAAAUGUCAGGGAGGAAGUCAGAUGUUGGUCCGCGAAUCCAGCAGGAGUAAAACGAGGACAAGGAAACCUUCAGUGUCGUUAUGUAACAGUAAUUAGACCUGGACUAUGAGGAACGAGAUGAUCAGAACAAAAGAGGGAGAUUCAAUACAGUCGGAGUCAGCACAGUAAAAGUUUAUGCUAUAGUCGUGUUGGGCGGUAUGAACAAAAUCUUACAUCAUGGUUUUUUCUCCUGUAAAUUCAAUUAAUCCCACAAACAGAGACGUGCAGAUCAGGUCAGUAUUGGGUCGGUCCGUCAAAGACCACAUCUAGACGUCAGUGUGACGUGCAAAAUACGUCCAAAUCUGACCUUUUUAAGACGUCGAUCUGACGUUUAGAAUUUGAAGACCAAAUCUAGAUGUCGAUCCAAGAUUUAGACGUCAUUAUUGGAAAUCUUCCAGACGUUGAAAUGACGUCCACAUCUGUACCUCAUCGUCGAAAAAAUACGAUAAAUAGAUGUCAAAUAACUAAACUGUCUCAUUUGUUCAUUUUCCUUUUAUUUUUAAACUUAAAUUCAUAAACAAACAAAAUGUUUGUUUAUGACCAGCUCCGGCUUUCCUGUUAGCGACCGCAGACAACUACACACCGGUAUAAACGAUAGAGCAAAAUUUCUAUCGGUGGACACUUUUAUACCGCCACACGGUUUAUACCGUCAUACCGCUCAACUCUGUGCUAUAGUGUUAGUCCAGGCAGGCCACAAAAGUCUGCCUGACUGACUUCUGCUCUGUCUUUGCUGCUGCUCUCCCUGCACAAAUAGAGAGGAGGUCUAAUAACAACAACAACAUGCACGAUAUUCUGAUUUAUUGAGACACACCUAAACAUUUGACUAUCUGCUGUCAAAAACCCUAAAUACUCCACACGGCGUUUUCCGAUGUUUUUGUGUCUCUGACUGCAUUAAAAAAAUCAUCACUGUUUAUUUUCACUGAGGUCAAGAGUGGCGUUCGACAGUCAGGUCACGAUGGGAGCGCCCUCUGCUGACUCCAAUGGUGAGACGAGCUCUUCCCCAAGUUUGUCCUGAUACACAAAGUUAAAUCUGUUCAUGCUGAGUUCUCAGUCAUAUUUUUAUUUGUGUAGCUCGAGUCUAAAAAUCACAGACUGCCUUUUAGGGCCUCAGAGAUCCCGUGUAGAUUUAGGGAGAAACAGGGAGGCUGCAGGGGAGACGUGACCCUGAUCCAGGAGAUAGAAAGAGUUCCCAGGACGGCGGCGGGUCUGGCUGAGUGGAAAAAAAGAGGAAAAGGAGGAGAGAGGACUCUCACAUACUGCCUGGAGGCCCGUGGGAGCAGAACCACCGUCUUCAAGAUCCAAAAUAAAAGCGUCUGAUUCCCGAGUCCUCUCCAACAAAGAUGGACGCUCUUUCACUUUAAUGUCGCUUAUUUAUCUGCGUCAGAACUUGAGUUGGUGUCGGUCCGACUCUCGGCCACUCUGAUGUUGUUUGUGCAGAUUUACUCACAUGAAGGCAGUGAAAUCUGGCGCUGUGAUUCAGUUUUAACUCUUGAUUUAAUGCAGUUUGUUUAAAAGACUAAAGUGUUGGACGGUCUCUAAAGAGGAUUCAUGAGAGAUUCAACACCACAUGUGAUCUUUGACCUUAAAAAAACAGACAAAAAAAAUUUGGGCCUUUCGUGUAAAAAAAAAUUAACUUUGAUUUUUCUGCCAAAUUUUGAUUCCUAUGAUCUGGACCAGAUCCCAGCCCUAAACUCACAAAAACAGAGUCAUUAACUCGAAGUGCUCUUUAUAAACGCGGCUGCAAAUCUAAAUUUGACCUUUUAAUGUCGGAGUCAAAUCAGCGUUUAUGAUCGUCUCACUUUAAUCUGGACGAUUCAUCCUCCCGCACAGCCGGAGUUUGGGCGGACAGAAACAUCCAGGCGUUUGAACCGUGAGGACCGGGGGCAGGUGUUGUGACUCUGAGUGGUUUCUCUGUGGUGAUGGACCUGUUAGCAGAGCACUGGUUUCCAGUUACCAUUGUUGUCUGUGUAAAUGGGAGUAGGAGGGGCUCAAAGUGACAUUUUAGUGCAACAAAGCUGCUUUGGAAAGUGGAGAGCAGGAGGCCGCCGGUGGAGGGCCGCAUAACACGGCGGAGUCACACCCUGCACUCUUUCAACAAACAGGGACACACCGGACACGCCGUGAGAGAGAGUGUGUGUGUGUGUGUGUGUGUGUGUAUGUGUGUGUGUGUGUGUGUGUGUGUGCAUGUGUGCGUGUGCAUGAGAGGGUUGUGUUUGUGAAAACCCUCAGGGCAGUUUUUUGACUGUUUGUGUUUUUCUCACGAGACGAAGCGAUGUGAGAAAUUCCAGUUAUUCUUCUGGCUCCGCUCCGAGCCUCUUAAAGCGACACACCUUCGCUUUUAUUUUGUAAAGCACGCCAUGACAUCAGAGGGUGGUGCACGCUGUGGCUUUCGGCGUUACCUGGAAGCUUUGCACGCCGGCAGCAUUCCCAGGGAAACUGCAGCAGAGUUCGGGGUCGGGACCAAAUGAGGCCAGAUUUCACAAUGUUAUCUCUGUCUUCAGUCCCGGAGCUUCAGGCUGAUUUUAGACGUUUUGCAACAUGCUGAGCAUUUCCAUCACAAAUAUUACAGCUCAUAGAUUUUUGUCCAGCUGAAGACCGUCCUCCUCUGUUUCAUCCAAAGAUAGAAAACCGUCCGUUUGUUCGUCUUUCUCUUAAUCAGUUAUUCUGUCACCAAUAAUGACAUCUGCAAACGUCACUCCGACUCAGAAGGAAGAAAGAUUCUGUCAAAAUAUUUCAGCAGAUAAAACUGCUCAAAUUAAACUCUAUGGGAUGAAGUUUAGGGGCUAGUCCAGGCAUGCAAGUCAGGACUGCAUCAGUCCAGGACUCUUCUCCUACAGAGCCAUGUCAGAAUGUGGUUUGAGAUCAUCUGAAGGUCUUCCCUGAAAAACUCUUUGUCUGGAUGGACGCAGAUGUUGCUCCUAAACCUGGAGAUAUUGUUCAGCAUUACCCCCAAAUUCCACCGCAUCCGGAACGGCAGCGAAAAGGUCAUCGGCACCGAUCGUUUCCAUCCAAGUUAAUGUGUCAAAUUCCUUGCAGAUCUCAAAAUCUCCUUUCUGAACUCGGCUCUUUACUCCUUUGAAACUGCGUUCAUAUAUUUCUACAUAAGAUAAUUAUUCUACAGAUUAUGAUCUUUACUGGUUGUGAUUUCUUCGUCACACUGAGCUGGUCUACAUGUGUGUUUACUGGAACGAUUCCUGACCGGGUUCAGCUGCAGCGAUCCAGCCUGAGGAGGUCUGAGCCAGAUGUAACCACCUCAUAAACCUGUGACCACGUUAAAGCACCGGCUGUUAAACCAUCAGUGCGGCACCUUCAUGUGGAGCGAGCACACCUGCGCCUACCUCCUCCUUCAUCUUCUUCUUCACCUUCGUCCUCUUGCUCUGAACACCUGCGACAAUCUUUUUAGGAUCUGGAGUCACUCGCUGCGUCGAAAGCCUCGGCUGCAGAUGGAGUUGCUAUAUCAACAGGAAAAAGCUGCAGAGCUGACUCUGUGGGUCGUUGGGAUGUGGUAGAUGUGGAGUCUGUGUUGGUUUUUUGUUCGGAGUGAUGGCUGCAGGAAGUUUGAGUCAUGUUGCAUCAGUGGGAGUUUUGAAGAGCCUGUGAAGCUCCAGACAGCAGCAGCAGCAGAGAAAUCGUCAGUGUUUGACAUUGAAUCCUGGAGAGCAGAGAGACGAAGGCGGUUACUCUGCACUAAUCUGCCUAUAGAUGAAGCUUCAGUAAGAGUUCGUUUUCAUCCUCGUCGAGGCUGUAAGAGUGUAAAGAGUCGAUACAGAGAGGUUUACAGGCUGAUUUGUGCAGAGAAAUGUAAAGAGUGUUUGUUAAAUCUAAGACUUAUUCUUCUGGGUUUGUAUUUUGUGACUUUAAUGCCUGAAAGCUGUUGGUGGUAAUCUCUUGAUAAAACAAAUUCAGUCGUGAAAAAUCAUCUCCUAAAAUAAAAUGACGGCUGCAAACAAACCGACUGUUUUUUCUUCAAACUAUUAAAAAGAUGUUUUCCUGCAUAUUUAGUCAAAUCUCCUGCAGUUGUUUUGUCUCCUAACCCUUCGAUCUUGACACCUCUGACCUCCGUUCUCUGAUUGUGUUUUUUUUGUUUUUCCAGGUAAGAAGAAGCCGGUGCUGAAGCUCUCCAAGGAGGUGUUUGAGCAGCCUCCUCCUGCUGCAGGGUGAGUUUACUCUCACUUUUUAUUACAGCUAAAGACUUUCGACAAAAGAAAACCCGGAGAGGUUUUUGUUGAAAAGAUGCAGAGAAGGGAGUGAAGAUCUCUCUGCUCACUCAGCGAUGGAAUAAUUGUGUUCGCAGGAGGAGCCACAGAGCUUUUUCUGCUCAAUAUAAAUGAACUACAACUUUAUUUACUAGUUCAAAAAGAGUCACAAGAAUCACUCAUAAAGUUUGUUUUUGUGAAUUUACUGAAUAAACACAGUUAAAAACAGUUACAGGUACUUUUUAAAGUAGUAACCUUCAGUCUUUAGAACUUCAAGGAAUAUUCUGACACCAGUCCAUUACGGACUACAGCGGGGUGCCGCAGCUCAAGGAAGAACAUUAAUGAUCAUUUCUUCAUGGAAAUACAAUCAGACCGAGACACUAAGGCAGAAGAACUACUGUGUCUGCGGAUGAAAAUGAUUUAUAUGAUGAUUAUUACUUCAAGGAAAUGAUAAAGAAAUGAUCAUAAAUGUUCUUCCUUGAGCUGCGUAACCCCGCUGUAGUCGAUGGACUCGCCCUAGAUCUCGCUACAAACAAGCGUCCAAUCUCUCGACGGGGUGUCUAACUUGGUGUGUUUGACCCUCACUUAAUUUUAUGCCCUUUAAGCUGAUUCAAAAGUGCUGAAAACUGCAGUUCCCUGAGUGUCCACUAGAGGCUGACUGCAAAAGCACCAGAAACCAAAUACACACUGAGCCAAAAAAGACGAUUUUUGGGUGAAACAACACGGGUACGGCUGGCUCCCAGCAGAGGGAAUAUUUUUUUGACACGUGUUUCACAGUUUGACGAGAUCAGCGUCUCAGAGGCACAGCUGACUUUCAUCCUGAGGUCUUUCCACCUUCAUCCUCACGUACUUAAACCCGCAUGAUAUACAUCAUGAUGUCUCUGAAUCUUCAUAACUUCACGCAGCUCAUGAUGAACCGUGUUUAUGAUGUGUGUAUGAAAAGUAAAAUUUCAUUUACUGCUGGAAAAGAACCUUUCAGAAAUACGUCACAUUAAUCAUCUUUGACUCCUGACUGUUUCUCUAAAGUAUUUGACUGUUGUGUUUAUUAAAGAUAUUUUCAUUGGUUUAAAGUAAGUUUGGACAUGCAGCUGUUUUUACCCUGAUUUCAGCUAAAUUUCAGUGUUGUUCUCUUUUAAAAAAAUGUAGAUUAUCAUAUUUUUAACCUCGGAGGUUCAGCUUCCUUUAAACUAACUUUAGUACUGAAACUAAACAGAAACAGGAAACAUUUGGUUCAUGUAUUUUCUGUCACGGAUGACUUUCCUUGAAGUUUCCUGCCUCUUUUUUUCUGCAUGAUGUUUGCCGUCUCCUCCUCAUUCAAACGAAGGUUUGUGUGGCAGAGCAGCGGAGCCGAAAAUGAUUCUGAAAAAAGAAAAGGUUGACUGCACCUCAGAGUCAGUCCUCUUCAUUGAGAAACCUGCAGCACAGAGGCGUUCUGGUUUCAUGCCAGCGGCUUAUGAAACGUCAGAUUUCAGAGUGUUUUUCUGUAAAUCUGUGAUUUAAAUUCUCUCACAGGUUAUUCUCUUAGUUUAAUUUUACUUAUUGAAAUUAUUUAAACUUUAUGUAAAUCCAGUUUAAUCUCCUGCUGCGAUAUUUCAUAUUCUCUGGCCUCAUGUGGAGCAGUCUGAGAUUCUGAGGGUAUGAUAAACUUAGAGCUCCUAUGAGAAGUCUUUAUUUGUUUAUGAAACAGAGUAAAAAAGACCACCAACAGUGAGAUUGACUCUUCCUGUACUGUAAUCUCUUUAACUGCUGUGAGGGGGCUGGUGCUCUGAAGAAUUGACCAACAAAUUGCUUUUCUGCAACAAAAAUGUACAGCAGGUGAUUGAAUUUCACUCUAAAAAGACAACAGUGGAGAUUUUUUGAUAAGGUGAAAUCAACGAUAAUACAAGUUACCCCUUUGUCUGCGGGGGGCGCCAGAAUCAACACAGACAAGAAGUUCAUCACAGGAGCUUUAAGGAAAAUAAGCACAGAUAUUUGUGGUGUUUCUGUUCUGCAAUUACAGCUUUAAAAUGAGUUAAUUUCAAAUGUCUGUGACGCUGGGUAAAUUAAUUAAUUAAAAGAAAAACUAUCAGAAAAACAAGAUAAGAUAUUUCUUUAUGAUGCUGCAUUCCAGUUACCUCAGAAGCAAAUCGGAGGCCUGAAACAAGAGAAAUAAAAUAACUAAAAUAACUUUCGUAAAAAAGACAUAAACUUUUAUAAAAAUGGUUUUAAAUACAGUCUAUUUUUUAAAAUCAACAUUCAGGAUCUGUUAUUCAUGAAACCAGAGCUGGUUUUAUAUUCAGAGGUGAAUUAAACUCGCUUCCAUAUUAGGCCCACAGAUUUUUAGUAAGUGUAGCUUCCUGGUUACCUGGGCGACCAGCCCCGCCCCUUCCGGUUUAUUCCGGUUUAUUCGGGUAGCAGCUACACUGACACCUUGUUGAACAGUCCAGGCCAGAGCAGUCGAUUAAACAGAGUGGCGACACUCCCAUAGACAGACGCUGAACAGCCCGGCGGACCCCACUUCCGGGUUAUAGAACUCUUAAUAGUUCCAACCUGACCGCCUGUCACGUCGGACGCCGUUCGCUUCUAUGGCCACAAGGCAAGCACUCACCGGAUUAAAUGAUAAAAUAUCAACAAGUUUAAUGCCAAUACAUGUGUUAUUGAUAUCGAGGGGACCCCUUUAUAUGUAAAAAUGUAUAUCCCAAAUGUAAUUACGUUUUUAUAGUCAGGAAUUGGGAUCGAUUUUUUAGCCACGGUUUGCUCCCACACUCCCCGAGGUAAAAUAUUGUAUCAACGAAUGUAAUGCCAAUACGUGUGUAAAUGGUAUUGAGGGACCCCUUUAUAUGUAAAAUGAUUUUAAUUUUAGUAUGCUCAAAUUGUAAUUACAGAUGUAAUUACGUUUUUUUAGUAAGGAAUUGGGAUCGAUUUUUUAGCCACGGCCUGCUAGCUGGACGUCGUCAGCUGUAGAGGCCUGCCAAAAUGUAUUGUGUGACUGAGUUAUGAAUCACAGAUGAAUCAUCAUCAUCAAUCAUAUGUUGAGAUGGUUACUUAUGGGCUUUAUUUUAGAUUUCAGCCUUUAUCAGUUCCCGAUGUUAUAUGCAAUUUAUUAUUUUUAGACUAACAUAAGUGCUAUGUAAUUUGAUUUCUGCUUAUGGGAUGAUAGAGUUAAGGGGCCGCUACUUUUUAAAUCCUGUCAGCAUUUAAGGCAUAUGUUUAACAUGAAAAAAUGUUAUGCAGGCCAUGCUGCAAGACCAAAACAUUGCACAAUUGUUUAAACAGCUUGUAACACCUGUUACUUACCACUUUAUUGUAUUAUUUUCUCUUAUUAAAAAGUAACACGUGUUACCAAACUUGUCUUAUUUCACUUUUAUUUGUCAUCCAGCCGCUAAAUAUGCGUACGUGACUUUGACGUGUACACAGUAAUCCAAUAAGAGUUGCAAAUGUUGACUUUUUACGGUUAAUUUUAAUAUUUACCUCUUAAAUGCGCGCUCACUGCAGUCUGCCCCGUUGCAGAGCAUGGACAGUGCAGGCUGCGUUUGGAACUAUGGAGGGGUACAUGAACCACGUGACCGCUCCGGCGGCGAGAUCUGAAGUUGUCGCCACUCUGUUUACUCGACUGCUCUGGUCCAGGCUAACGGCCGGAGCGACAGGUGAUGAACUGAAGAGACACUCCGAGUAUUUUAGGAAAACGACACCUAAUUAAACUGGUUCUCUCUGUGUCCACACACGGGAACAGAUUUACACGAAGUUAAAUGGACUUGUGUAGCCGUUAGCGAGCUAACCGAAGCUAGCCGGCUAACGGCUAAGUGUCCCCUGUAACGGUCACUAACGGACACGGUAUGACGGUAAAUGUCACUGGUUUAAAACCGUAUCUUUCUCAGCGGUAUAUCUUUAGACAGGCUCUUUUUUUUCCCUCAUAACAGUCACAGAUUCAGUCAAAUAUCACUCAGACACACAUUUACAUGUUUCCUGCUGAAGUUAUGUUUCAUUUUAAUGAUCAUCCUGCUGAUAUUUGCCUUACAUUUACUGUUUCCUCCUCUUUAAGAAGAUUAAAAUCUAUAUUUAUGUCAUAGAAAUAACUUGUGUGUUUUAUGUUUGUUUCAGACCCCCCAGAGAUCUGGACUCAAAAGCCCGUGUGACCAUCGGAGAGAAGGUAAUUUCAGGAAUGAGCUGUAAUCACUUUCCCAUUCAGAGGUAGUUUAGUCCUCAUACCUAAACCCUGUCCAGGUCUGUUUUGGACUCAGUCAGACCCCUCUGGAUCCCCCUCAGCUCUCAGGUUUGUCUUAAUCAACACUGAGUCCAUAAGCUGUAAAGAACGGGCGGAUGAACAUCACCUUACAGCUGGAUUGUGGGCAGACUGGUACGCCUUUUAUUGCCCAUCAGGCUGUAAAAAUAUUUAUUCUGAACUCUUCAAAUAAGUGGAAUUUUCCAUUGGCAGAGAUGUUGCGUCUUUUCUGCUCCGUUUGGCUUCAAGUCAAAGCGGGUGAUUUUUCUCUUGAGAUAAGGAAAGAUGUCGGUUUUACCUCAUACAGCCUUUAAAUGUUCAUAUUUUAAUACAGAUACUCAUAACCAUCCCUCGUCCGCUCUGGUUCUUCUGUGUCUCGAGCAGAAUUUCGAGGUGAAGGCGGAUGACCUGGAGCAGAUAUGCGAGCUGGGCAGAGGAGCGUACGGCGUGGUGGACAAGAUGAGGCACAUGCCCAGUGGUCUGAUCAUGGCGGUGAAGGUGAGUACAUGUCUAUGUUUCAGAGACCUCAGUGCUUUCAUAAUCAUGGUAUUUUAUUGUUAAAUAGAUAGAAUCUCAGAUCGAGGAGCUGGCACCCAAAACAGAAGCUGGAGUCUCUCGUAAAGCAGAGUCUUAAAAGUCAGCCGAAUGUAGAUCCAGACUUCUUAAAUUAAAUCACUCAAAUUAGCAGAUGAAUCAUCAGAUAUUAGCUUUAUUUUUGAGGGAUUGAAUCUAAACAGUAUCUGAAAAUUGAAGAACUCCUUACGGUCACAGAAACAGGAGGUUUAUCACCAGAAAACUGUUGGUCUCAGACGAAUGAUGUGACAUAAACAUACAAACUAAGUUGAGUCUGAGAUAACGGGGGUUUUACAUGUUUCCUCUCAGCGUAUUCGGGCCACAGUGAACACGCAGGAGCAGAAGAGGCUGCUGACGGACCUGGACAUCUCCAUGAGGACGGUGGACUGUUUCUACACGGUCACCUUCUACGGAGCGCUUUUCAGAGAGGUAACACGAUCAGAUACGACACCCUGAUUGUUAUUGAUGUUUAUGUUAGUGAUCAGAGUAUUAAAGUGAUGUCUCAGUGAGCAACACAUCAGGACCUUUGUUAUUAAAUCUGCUGACUCGACGAGUGAGAGGGCGGAUCCCUGUUUCUGACUUUGACCUCACUGAACUCAAAUAUUGCAAACAGCUCUUUCCUGAUUUUGAUAACUAACUUAUUCUGAUCUUUACUUUUAUAAUGUUUGCUUUAAUAAGAUAAUCUGUAAUAUACCGGUCAAUACUCUCACUAAACACCUCUGUACUGUAACGUCGACACGCCUGAAGUCCUGCAGAAGUUUCGCAUUCGAUCGCUCAGGGUGUUGAAAUCCAGUUUCCGAGCUGGUUGGAGGUUGUGCAACAGACUUGAAAAAACAAAGUGUGUGUGGAGUUCCCUGCAGUAAAAACAGGAGAUUAUCUUCAGUGGAUGUUUUCUGAAUGUAAGACCCGCAGAUAUGAAGUUGUGUUGAUGACAAACACAGAUCAAUCAUGACGAACACCUCCGCAGGUCGGCUUCCUGCAGCGGCGUGCGUAUGUUCAGGAUUUCCUCUUCACGGCUCGAACGCUGUAAAAAAUCUGUCACUUCCCGUCUGUCUGGAUUGCGUCCUGCUGCUCUGCUUUGUUGUCACUUUUCUUGAUCUCCGUCCAAAUGUGUCUCUGUCCGUUCGCCAGGGGGACGUCUGGAUCUGCAUGGAGCUGAUGGACACCUCCCUCGACAAGUUCUACAAGCAGGUGAUCGAGAAGGGCAAGACCAUCCCCGAGGACAUCCUGGGAAAGAUCGCCGUCUCUGUGGGUUCACGUAAAAACCCUCCGAACAAUCAAAGUUUAAUUCCUUCCUGUGGAUGUUAGCUUAAUGUCAGCUCCUCCUGAUGCCGGUCUCACAUGCUUAUUAAUGGGCUUUGUUAUUACAGAUAGUAAAAGCUUUGGAGCAUCUGCACAGCAAUCUGCAAGUCAUACACAGAGGUAAGAGCCUGAGAGGAGGCCCAUUAUAGCUCUCAGAGACGGUGUGGAUAUCCACCGCUCUGAUGCAUCAGCAUUCAGCUGCACUCACCAUCUCUCUCUAUGUGUGUUUUAUCUUUUCUGUUUGUGUGUCGAGCUUCAGUCCUGAUCUUUAUUUUAAACUUCCUCUAAUAAAGUCACCUGAUAAAAAGAGUCCUGGUCAACGAAAGCGUUAGAGCAUCAACAGCUGACUGAUGAAACGAUAUCAAACUAACCUAGACUUGUUUUAUGUAGAAGUUUUGUUAUUUCUUACAAAAUUAAAAAAAAGGCCGGGGUUCUAAAAGAGGAAAUAAAACACUAAAUAGUUACUCUAAAAUCACAUAAUGGAGAUUAAAAGAUUCAAACAAAAUUCGACUAAAAACCAGACUAAAAAGGUCGGUCUUUAUUUAACUUUAAAAAUGGUAAAAUAUGAACACGGUUCUGUUUUCUUCCAACAUCAUUCAAAGACUUUUGUUUUUCUUGUCUUGAAAAUGUUGAAUCACGGCUCAGCUCAGUGUUAGUUCCGACAGGCCAAAAAGUCAAGUUCAGCCCACGGUACAUCAGUUGAUCCUAAAGCCGGUCCAUAUCAGCUGACAGCAGAUUAUCUUCUAGACAUCCUGUUAGUAAAUGUCCAAACAGGCGUCAGUCCUUCAGCCUGACGACUCCUCUGACCCUCCAGCUCCUCCUUUUUUAUGCGGUCUGAUAUUCACCGUCUCUGUCCUGAGCUGUGGUCGUCUUUGCUGACGCUCUCCCCGCCUCAGGGUUCGUUUUUCCACUUUGUAAAACAUCUUAAAGGUUAAAUGAAUAUUAAAAGAUUUGAACCUGCAGAAGUGAAAUUCUCAGUUUGGUGCAGCCUCAUGAAGAGUCAGAGUGUGUCCAAUAAAAGGAUGAAUGUACUGAAGAGGAUUAAAAUCGAGGUUUCUGAACUAGAGAUCUCAGUUUUAAUAACUUUAUUUCCUAAAUCCAACUCAAGUGUUUGGUAUGAAGUGUGUUUUUGUUCGCUAACGCAGCCUUGAACCUCAGACAGAGAGGAGGACUGGGCCUCAGCGCUCCGUCAGCCUCUCUCUCUCUCUGGUUCAGGUCUUUGCUGUUUUUCAGUUCUGGUUCUUCCAGCGUUUCUCAGACCAGCUCUCUGGGUAACCUUGGUUGGUUCUGUUCACGUUUUUUAACUUGACUGACUUUCCUCAGAGUCAGAGCUGUGCAGCCUGAUCAGCAGCAACACUUCUGAGUCUCCUCUGUUAACCUCAAACAGCCUGUAAAACUCCGAUUUGAUCAUCUGAUAAAAAAUAGAAAAAGUUCUUUUUACUUUGUCAGAAUUUUAUCAAAAUAAUCGUUUCCAUCCUCUUUUCACCCUAAAAUUGAGUCAUUUAUCAAAUUCUUCUGGUUAGGUUGAUAUCCAGCAGGGCUGCACAUAAUUUGAGACCAUCUUUUAGACCUUUGAGCAGGUCUGACAGGACAAUACACAAUUAUAACUUUAAAGUUAAUUCAUAAUCAAGUUUCAAGGUGUCUCUGCAAAAGUCUCCUUGUUUUCUGCCUUUCCUGAUUAUUAUUUACUCCCUGGAUUCUUCACCUUCAAUUUACACAGCGCCGAAUCACGACCUUAAAGCCAAAUCACUCAAACAGCCGUCCUUCAUACAUUUUCUAUAACUCUAGACGAUGUAGAUCCACACAUCUAAAACUGAGGACCUCUAACAUGCUUCUAAGUCUCUCAGAAGCUCCUCUAGGAUCCACGUGAACCCUGAUAAUGAAACUGUGUUCGACUGAGUGUGACGGCGUCAAACCUUCAGACCUGAUCUCGCUCCGUUUUCUGUGUCGAUCAAACCUCCUGAAGUCAAAAACCAGCUCUGGGGUUUGGGGCUCGAUCUCGUUAUAAACUGUGAAAACGCUGCUGUGGUCAUUUGAGGGUUAAUUCGUCUUCCUGUGUCAAACCUCUGUGACCACCGUGUGACUCAUGAGGCAUCAAAGCGUCGGUAAAUCACUCAAAAAUCAGGUCACACGUGGCGUUCUGACCAGCGACCACAGAGCCGCUGCAGACGUGACGGCAGCGUCGACACUUUCUGUUUCAGGAGAAAAAAAAAAACUGAAGAGAAUUUUGACAAAGAAAAUCUCUGUGUGUGUUUGCAGACGUGAAGCCCUCCAACGUGCUGAUCAACACUCAGGGUCAGGUGAAGAUGUGCGACUUUGGCAUCAGCGGGUACCUGGUGGACUCUGUGGCCAAAACCAUGGACGCCGGCUGUAAACCUUACAUGGCGGUGAGCGGGAGGAGGCGGAGUGUUGAUGAAAUUCAGUCUGAGUGAGAGUGAAAGUGUUUGUCUUAAAGGGAGAUACAAAAAUCACCCUCAGUGUCUUUAAUUUAUUAUGUUCCUAGUGUUAAAGGUGAGGUUAGAGUUAAAGGUGAUGUUGUUGAAGGAGGAUUUGAUCUGUCAGGACAGGACAGCAGUUUUUAUUGAGUUUUUUCUUCUGAAUUUUUAGAUUUUUUUUGUGUCUCACCUGUUACAUGUCGUCCAAAUAAGUACGAAUGAAUAAGAUGAAAUCAAACUUAAAUUAUUAAAAACUUUGACUGAGAACUUUUCAAAACCUAAACUAAACCAGUUCCACGUCAUAAAAUCCACGUGGAUCAAAUGAAACGUAAAUUUGGAAACGAUAUCAAACUGAAAAAACUGUCUGAGUAUCUGAAAACUGCUGUAACCUUCAAUAUGAAAGACGCUGGAGAAAGUGAUCCUCCGUGUUUUUAGAUGGUCACGGUUAGGGCUGGGCGAUACCGGAAAAAGGUUAUCAUGAAUUUAACAGUGUUUUUUGGUCGCAUGUUUGUAACCUUUUGCGUUGCGCGUGCUCUGCAGCGUGGCGCUGCUUCAGGUGGUGAAAAAGAUUUGAGGUAUUCCCCGACUUUGUGAGAACAUGUACUCGACAUAAUUUACAGUCCACAUUACUCUGCUUCAUGUCCGACCUCCAAAAACCAAAAUACCUCCACACCACCGACGACCAAAACAUGUCAGAAUGACAACGAUUGAAAAGUAUAUUGACCGUGUUUUAUAUUGAUAUUAAGGGAAAUUAAUUUUUUAUAUUUAUCAGUAUCAUUUUAUCGCCCAGCCCUAGUCUUGUCUUUUCAUCCCUGAUCCAGUAUUUUUUAAACUUUGUGGCUCUGAAGUCGUGAACUCCAGAGUUCCUCUUCAUCAGAGCUGAGGUGGUUUUACUCGUCAUCUUUCAGCAGACGUCAGGAAAACUCACAGCUGUUUCAUUUGAAUUUCAUAGUUUUCAUCUCCUGAAACAUGAACUCAGUUAAUUUCAGUGGUAGUGAGAUCAGAGAUCAUCUCUCUUGAUCGUGAGUUUUAAAAAUGAGGCACUAAAGUUCAGAAAAUCGUUUAACCGUCAGAGGGUUUGAUUUCUGAUGUCGGCGUUCGAGCGGACAGCAUCGCCUGUUCUGCUCAGAGAACACGGCGGUCUGCUCGUGUAGGAGAAGUUCAGGAGGAUAGGGAAGUGUGCAUGUCGCCCCUGACAACCGCUGACAUCAUGUGACCUUGUUUCCCACAGCCGGAGAGGAUCAACCCCGAGACGAACCAGAAAGGCUACAACGUCAAAUCGGACAUCUGGAGUUUAGGAAUCACGAUGGUAACUCGUCUUCACUUUCAUUUCUUCAUUUUUAGUCUUUGUAAUCAGAAAAAAAAAACCCGAAUCGAUGGGAGUUUUUGAAGAGCAGAAAUGAUUCAUAAAGGAAAAUGAAAUGUGCUGCUGCUCUGUCAGGCAUGGCUCCAGGAGAAGGAGCGUCUAGACGUUUUAUUAUGAGUUGUUAAAUAUUCAUCGCUCUCUCGUUUGCACAUUUCCGACUCCGACCAGAGAUAUUUUGGCUUCAAGGAUUCAGCAGUUUGUGGCAAUUUAUUUUGAACCCGCCUCGUCCUUUUGGCUCCGGCUUUUAGGGACGAGCAGCAGAAUGUUCCAGCACACGUCCCAUUUGUAUGCUAAUUAGACCGGUAAAUGUGAGAGUAGACGGAGGAGGAGGAGGAGAGGAGUCUGAAAGGAUAAAGGUGAAGCGAGGAGUUUAGAAAGUUUGAGACAGCGAGCGGCGAUUUCUCUCUCUGAACGACACUCAGGGCUGAUUUAAGGAGAAUCAGUCACUCCUUAAGAAAUCCACUCAAGAGCCAUCGGGACUCAUGAAGAGAUUUUUUACUGAAAUAAAGAUGAAGCUGAUGAUUUUAGACACCAGGAACCAUCAGUUUGAAGUAUUUAGGUAAACAUCUGUAAACGUCAGACCCUGAAACUCGACUCAGAACUGAAACCCGGAUGUAAACGUUCUCCUGAGUGAUUUUUCUGUCCUCCUCUCUUCCCGCAGAUCGAGCUGGCCAUCCUGCGUUUCCCGUACGACUCGUGGGGCACGCCGUUCCAGCAGCUGAAGCAGGUGGUGGAGGAACCUUCACCCCAGCUUCCUGCAGACCAGUUCUCCCCCGAGUUUGUGGACUUUACCUCUCUGUGGUACGACUUUCUCUCCUGUUUAUUUACCGAUUUGUCCUGAGAGUCAGAUCUCCGAGAACACGCAGUUCAUCCUCGUCUUAUUUUUCAUCCACAGCUGAUUAUUUCGCGCCGGUCGCUGAUCUCGGCUCUGAUUGAUAAAGCCACGACAGAUCAGACAAAAUGUUCUGUGAUUCCUGCUGAGUGGGCUUCGGUUAAUUUUCUCUUUAUUAGACUGAGUUCAUCACGGCUCUCUUUGGUCUGUUGUGAAAGCAGAACUGUUUUUCACAGGAUGUUCAGGGACUCUUCCUUCUGUAAUCAACUCAGGGUUACGGUCUCAUUUAAAGACUCCGAAAACUGCAGGUCAAAUAAAUCCUCGUUGGUAUUUUCAGUUUGUUUUCUGGACCAAAAGUUGGAAUUUUAAAAAGUUAAAUAUGAAAAUGAAUUUUAAAAUCUUCUUCACUUCAUGUACUUCACUGAAAUCAGACGAUUAUCGGUUCAUGUGAACUGAGGGAGCAAAUCUUUAUGAUCUGAGGAGAUACGACCAACAAACAGAGGGAAUUCUGGGUAAUAAAACCCCAGAUCAGUCUUCAGAGUUGUUUUUAUUAAAUCCAGAAUCCUUAAAGGUAUCAUUCAUUUUUCCACGGUGGUUCUUCGAAGUAUCUUUUAAUAUUAAGAGUAUUAGUCCGAGGGGAUCCUGGUCUAAACAGAAGUAAAACUAUCAGACACUACAGACGAGUUCAACUCCUCCACCUAAAUCAGCUGAUUUGAACAAACUUCUUAAAAGUCUUAAUGUUGGUGUUCAGGGACCACGACGAUUUCAGCGCUUUAAUACGGUGACGAAGUUCAUCCUCAGACGAGUCGCUGAUAUCGAUCACUCUGAUUAUAAGACUUCUCUGUAUUCAAGACAAACGAUCAGAAAAGAAGAGAAAGAAAUUAUAAUAAUAAAAAUAAUACAGACACAUGAUAUAAACGAGGUUUAGGCAGGGCUUGACACCAACUUCUUUCACAAGGAAUUGAUCAAAUAAUGUUUGUCUUAUUGGUCGACUUAAGUUCUAUUAUUUUAAAUCAAUUUUAGGUCUUUUGGUCACAUGACAUUGAAGCUAUUGAAGGAAAACAGCCUUUUCUGAGAACAUCAACCGGUAAUUUAUUGACGGUCCCUUAUUCAACACCGACGUUGACAGUGAGGGUGUCGAGUAGAUUUAACCGCGCUGCUGUUGUUAUUCCUGGUUAUGGAGAGUGAGAAGACACCGGUAGAUCCUCAGAGAAUGUCCGUCAGAUAUCCAACCUGAAACUAACUUCACCGCCGUAUUUACAGGAAAAUAUAUCCAACCUGAAACUAACUUCACCGCCGUAUUUACAGGAAAAUAUAUCCAACCUGAAACUAACUUCACCGCCGUAUUUACAGGAAAAUAUAUCCAACCUGAAACUAACUUCACUGCCGUAUUUACAGGAAAAUAUAUCCAACCUAAAACUAACUUCACCGCCGUAUUUACAGGAAAAUAUAUCCAACCUGAAACUAACUUCACUGCCGUAUUUACAGGAAAAUAUAUCCAACCUGAAACUAACUUCACCGCCGUAUUUACACGUAAAAACAUUUGUUGCCUCGGCUGAUUUUUUUUAGCGCACAUGUGACCCUAAAUACAUUUUACAAUUCGUACACGUCUAUUUUUCGUCACAAAUGCGAGUGAAACGGUCGCACUGUGGAGCCCUGGGUGUAGGAGUAUAUGGGUAAGUAUAGGAGGUCAGCUGAUCAGAGUCGCUGUAUUUUCAGCCGCGUCGUGAUAAGAUCAGCUAUCACAGAAAAAGUCCCCACAGUGUGAAGGGAGCUUUAUGGUUCCACUCUGAAAAGUUCCCUGUUUGGUCCUAAAAACCCCUCUCAUUGGUCUCUUUGUGAAGUGUAAACGUGUUUGACGUUGAUUUUAAGGUAAUUCUGAUGUUUUUUUCUUCUGCAGCUUAAAGAAAGUUUCCAAAGAGCGUCCGACCUACACAGAACUCAUGGUAAAGUUUCAGCACCUCUUUGUUAUUUUAAAGUUUGUUUUUGUUCAGUAGAUUAUUAAAACACAAAGACACAGACAGGAAAUACUCCAGAACCAGAAAAGACUCAGUAAAGACUACAAAAUAAAAGCAGCAGUGACUUGAUUUAACAAAAUAAGAGCAUGUACUUUAGCAUUUAUAUUCUUUUCUUGACCUUUUUAAUAUCAUUUUAUCUCUUAUAUUUAUUAGUUUUGAUGCUCUCUGUCUUAUUUUUAACCCUGUUCAUUCUGGUUUUAAUCACAUCCAUGUUUUUGUUGUUAGCGUGCAUUACUUUCCUGUUUGUCAGUCGCUCUAAAGCCUCUAAUUUCAUUUUGGUUUGUUUAAAAGCUCGACUUAUAAUUUCAUUAAGACAAAACAGCUUGUAAUGCUGUUUAUCAGACACUAGGGGGCACACUCAGACAGUUUUACACGUGGCGGUCAAGAGUAACCCUUCAUCUCUUUUCCUCCUCAGCAACAUCCCUUCUUCACGCUCCACGAGGCCAAAGAAACCAACGUGGAUAGUUUUGUCAAAGUCAUCCUGGGGGACUGAGCUGCUCCACCUGCACAGGUGACGGGUGGGGGUGAGGGUGGGGGUGGGGGAGACCUGUUCAAAGAGGAAAAACAACAACAACAACAAACAAAAUGCACCAACCGCAGCCCCCCUGAAGGACGGAGUCCAGAGGAGACGCCGGUGGAGCCGAAGGAGCAGUUAGUCCCCGCCCCCCUCCUGGCCUCCUCCGCGUCGUCUGUGCGUCGCCUGGCGUGGGAGGGGCGGAGGUGACGGGUUCCUCACUCCUAAUCUGGAAUAAUUGAAGAUGUCUGUAUGCAAAGCCUCCCUCUUUGGUUCCAUUAACCCCCACCUGUGUGCUCCGCCUACUUCUCCAACAUAGUGGUUACCCGUGCGGAGGCGAGCGUGUGCAGGCGCUCAGACUCCAGGUCCGUUUGUUUGUUUCAGAGGUGCAGAAUCUAUGAAAAGAUGAUAUAAUAUCUACGUAUAAUCUAAAUGUUUCUAUACUCAAAGCAAGUGUUGCUGCAUUGGUUUCAUGAUCGACUGCAUGUACAGAAUAUAUGAGUGAGGAGCUGCAGAGGCUUCAGGCUGCUGCUGCCGCCUCACUUCUAGGCCCUCCUAGUGGUCACUUAUAGGUACUGCACUUCAACUGCUCUCCCUUGAUUACAGCAGAGGUCUACUUACUACACGUUUUGGGCUCUGGCUGCCUGUGAGUGUGUUGGUGUGUGUGCGUGCGUGUGUGAGCUGAUGCAUGAUAUAUGUGUGCGUGUGUGUGUCUGUGUGUUUGUGUGUGUGUGUGUGUGGGGCUGCAGGAUUUUAAAGAAUUGAGACGAACUAGGACAGGACUCGUGUUUCAAGCUCCGUUUAUUCCCUGGAUUUGGACCUCGUGUCUUUAGAUGAUGUUUGUCCAGGGUUAGGUCAUGGUGUGACCUUUGACCCCGACCCUCCUGUGGAACAUCUCACCUGUUGAUGGAGCAGCAGAUAUGCUAACGAGUCCUCCUCCGUCUGCUGCUCUGAUGAUGCAAAGACACGCUUCAUGAGACGUGUGCAGAGGUACACGGAGGUGAUCUCGGUCCUCAGAAGUGAUUUAAUCCUGCAGCCCACCUCCACACACACACACACACACACUCACACACACACAUGGAUUAUCAGUGAGGUGUGUGUGUUGACAUUGUGGUCAGUCGUGGGAGAAGACGCCCUGGUUCUCCUUGUCGUGUGAACUGAGCCAAUCACAACCCUCUCCACUCCAGAGAAGAACUGGAUAUAUAUUAAGUUUAUUAUUAUAAUUAUUAUUAUUAAUAAUAUUAUAAUAUUAAUUACUGUUGUUUAUAUGAAGAUUGAUUUUUUGUCCCCAGACAUAUUUACUGCAGUUUUAUUUCUUAUUUAUUACGCCUGCUGUUGUCCCUCUGAAGACUUGACCGAUCCGUUCGAGACGUUUGUUGUUUUUUUGCGUGGGCUGUGUGUAUGUGAGCGCAUGUGUGUGUUUUUGUCGUGUUUUCUCGGCUCGAACACGUAAACGCUUUUGAACUGUAACCCGUAAAGCCUUCUAUGUGCCUCUCUGUGGAGAAAACAAACAGGACGGUGUUGUUUUGAAGAGGAUGCAGGGAUCAGCUUCCUCCAUUCUUCGUUUUUUUCCCACAUCGAUGUUUUGAACCCUCUCAUGUUUGUUUCUUCUCCUCCUUGUUGUUGCCUUUACUCUCAGUUUUUCCUCUCAUGGUGGUUUCUGAUCGCAGAUUGCCUCAGGUCUGCCCACAUAGAGCUCUCCUUCAGUCGUUAUUUAAGUCACUUCUUUAAGUACUGAAUGUGUCGUCACUGCGGAACAAUUACAACAUUUUCAGGGUCGUCACUCGUCCGUCUGAGUUUCAGCUGCUUUGGUUACCGUAUUUUUCGCACUAUGAGGCACACUUAAAAUUGUUUUUGGAAAUAGACAUGAAUAGACGCGUUCAUUGAUGGUGCGCCUUAUAGUACGAAAAAUGUGGUAAUUGUUGUUUAAAGGCUCAAUCUGCGGCGUUAGAGAAGACAAGAGGGAUCGUUUUUUUUUUAUCUCUGGCUCCUUAAUGAACAUUUUUCCUGUGAAAAAAUUAAAAUUCAUGAAUUUUUUGAGAGUAAAGCUUCAGUCAGUGUUUUUACAAGUUCACCAAAUCUAUUUGUCACGUUAGUCCGACCGAAACCAGACUUUAAAAACAAACAGAAAACACAUGAAAUCACACUUUAUUGAUCGUUUGGGAUCAGGGAUCGAUUUCCUCGUUCAGUCAGACUCGAACACGUUUGGUGAUUGUUUUGGUUCGUGACAAAAAUAGGUCAACAAGUUUCCUCCCCCUCCUCCUUCUCGAGCUGCUUCAUGUGCUUCUGUUUCUUCUUCUCCUCGUGUUCCUGGAGUUUUAAUUCUUGUUUCUGAUAGUUUGGAGGUUGAACAGCUGAUUUUUUCGUGGAAGUAGAAGAAAAACAUCCUCAAAUGUGUUUUUCAUCGUUUCUGCUGCUCUCUGUGUCCCGUACAAGAGUGUGAUAAAACACACAGUUAAUAUUGUUGUCAUAGACAAAUCUGUUUCAGACCGGCUCUUUAACAAACUCCAGCAGGUUCAGACAUGUACUCUUAGGUUUCCUUUAACCCCUGACACCCUGAUCCACUCCCACAGCCUUUAACCCACUGUCCUCCACCUCACUCCUCCAAGUUCCUCGAAAUGAAAUUCACAGACUAAACUCUGGCUCAUAAAGCUUCCUCUUUUCUGUAAUCGCUGGAGUGAACUCUCACCCUCUUCCCUUACAUCCUCCAAAUACUAAAACUGAAACCUUUCACCGCCUGAUCCCCCAAAAACACACGGUCAACAUUCCUGGACCAGGAAAUUCACUCUGUCGGUGCAUCUUCACUCUGCAGCUUUCUAAACUCCUCACACUUGGACACCUUCAUGACAUUUAUGUGCCAAGACGUCGAUAUGUCCUCCAGGAAGCUCUCGUAUCUGAGUGUUUCUGACUGCUGGAGCGAGGACACGGUUCACGUGCAGCCCAGCCUGUCAGGUCUGUCCUGGUCCGCCGUGUUUCUCUGGAAAAGACCCCGAGGUCCUCACGAGGAGCUGCGUCCUCUGUGUGCGGCCGAUAAUCAGCAUCAUUUUCUCUAAUUUAGUGAUUACGAGGAGAACAGCGAGAGCUCUCAUGUGGGCGGGCUGAAGGGACGGGGAGACGCCGUGGAGGAGGACACGGUGUGCCGACCUCCUGCUGUGUUAUGAGCUCCUGCGUCAGGACUACAGGAUUAUUGAGUGAAUUUUUACUCUAAUCUGAUCAGUUAUUUUGACUUUUUAAAGAUGAGAAGUUGGAAACGAUUUCUUAAUUCGCCAAUAAAGAGUCUGAAACCACAACAGAGAGAUUUAAGAGGCUUGAAAACAUUAUCACGUUAGUAACAGAUUGAUUUUCCUCGUACUGUCUGAUCAUUUUAUAGACGAGGAGGAGGAGGAGGAGGAGCUGCAGCUUCAGUCCAGAAAUCUCUCCCUGUUAGAAACCAUCCCUCCAUGUUUCCUCCUGUGCAUGAUCUCCAUGUGUUUGUGUCCGUCGGUCUUUAAAGUGCCUAAUGUCGCGUUUCUGUCGUUCACUUUUCUCUGUGUGUGUGAAGCUUAAACUCCGUCUGAGGACGCUCUGGUUCUGCAUGUCGCUGUGAUCAAACAGAAACCAUAUCAUAGAGUCAGACUGAGGACGUUUGAGCCUGAAAAGCUGCGGUUUAGACGGACAUUUGGAGUGAAGAGGUUCUGACUGUUCGAAAGAUUAACAAGCCAAACUGUAAAUUGUCAAAUAUCAGCCGGGGACCUCUGAGGAGGAGGAGGAGGAGGAGGAGGCAGGAGUGUUUGUCUGAGCGUCUGAAAAGCCAAGGGACAGAAGAGAGAGGCCGGGGUGAUCAUGAGCACGACUAAAACAAAGACGUGAGAGUCGUAAAGAAGGUCAUUUAGCCAUAAAAGCUCAGAUCCUUCAGGUUUUAUGGGACAGAGUAAAAACGACUUUAUCACAAGUGAAAUCUGGUGUUUGAUUUUGUGACUUUUAUCGAAGUGAUUCACAUCCGACUGUUUAACGUUAUCGAUCAUCCACUCAGACAGACAGACAGACACGCUCUUUUUCAGUUUCCUCUUCCUCACAGUUUUUCUGUUAUCUUCCUGAAAUCUGCCGUCAGAUCCUCCAGACUCUCCGUCUCUUCUCUUCAAGGUUCAGCCGCUCAGAUUCAUCUGAAAAUCACUCGACCUGUUGAUCACAUGUUGUGUUUUCCUGUGUGUUCUGAUCAGAGGGCAGCACCGUCUCCUCCCCGCUCUUUUCUCUCUCUCUCUGUGUCGUCGGUGCGAACCUUCAUACAUGUCUGGGGUUUCCCGCCGGCGGUCUAUUUGUGUCUGGCGGUGGCCCUGCUGAGUAAACCGGCGUGGCUGGGGGUCAUCGGGGGCAGGACGUCCGAGUGGAAACUGUCCUUCAGAGGCGAUUAUUGUCACAUCCCAUCUUGAGCUGUGGGUCUGAGUGAGCGCCCAGCAGCAGGCACGUAUUCCUGGAUGAGGAGUCGGGAUCAUCCAGGAGCUGAGCUGGUCUUACUGGAACAAGAGGGACUCGUUUUGGAUGGUGACAGAGUCUGGUGAGGAAAUUCAGCUUCCUCAUCCUCAAGUGUCCAAAACACUCAAACACACACGUGUGUACAUCACCUCCAGCCCUCCACAGUUUGUGUUUUUCUGCAGCAUUAUAUCGAGCGUAACUCUGUCGUUUGUGUGUGUGUGUGAGUGUGAGAGCCGCGCUGAGGUUUCUUGAACGCUUCAUUCCCCGCGCUAACCCGGAGGCCGCCGUGGAGCUUGGGUGGUAAACUGCUGCUUCUCUCAGCUGUAUGUGACUCUGACGUUGCCGUGUUGUGUUCUUUGAUUCGGGGAGGGUCUUGGGUGGGUGUGGGUGUGUGUGUUUUUUCAGAGUAAAAUGAAUCCAGAGAUGCUACUGUACGUGGAAGAGGGUCUGUCGUUGCUGUCGGGUGGGUUCUGGGAAGGGUAACCGUGGCUCAAUGCUCCAUGGGAAGUGAAGUUCUCACCAUAUUUACACAUCUCUAAAGCCUCUGCUAAAGACUGAUGACUGUUCAUUUAGAGCUCAAUGAAUUUCUAUGAAUAUUUUAGAUUGCUCAAACUGAUUAUGUGCAAUUGUAAUGAUGGAAAUUCAAUUAAAAAAAAGAGGUAUUUUUACACUAUAGGCUCCGUGUGUUCUCUGUGGACUCAGUGUCUCUUAUUCCUGGUUUAGGAACUUUGUGUGAGUCCCGCCCCGCUCCUCUGUCUUAUGGGGUUCCACAGGGCUCAAUCCUGGGGUCCUUGCUGUUCUCUCUAUAUCUACUUCCUCUGGGUUCCAUUCUUAGAAACACAGUAUCUCUUUUCAUCGUUAUGUUGAUGACAGACAAAUAUAUGUGCCACUGAAAAAGAAAGAUGCCUUUACCCUGAAAUCUACUUUGAGCACGCCUCGACGACAUUAAAACCUGGAUGGCUCUAAAGUGGUUCUUGUGAUCCCCCUCCUGCUGAUUUGGGCCCCCCGGCGUCGUAUGUGAAGAAAACAAUUUCUAACUUGGGUUUUAAGAUGGACAGUAACUUUAAACUGAAGGUGAAGACACUUCUUUUUGAGACAGUGAUCCACGUCUCCAUCACGUCUCGGCUGGAUUACUGUAACGCACUUUAUCAUAGAGUCAGUCAGUCUUCCCUCGCACGUCUCCAGUUGGUCCAGGAUGCGGCUGAUCGUCUUUUAACUGGAAUGCAUAAGAAGGAGAACAUCGCUCCUAUUCUGGCCUCCCUCCACUGGCUGCCCGUGUUCAUUUUAAAGUUCAUUUUAAGUCUCUUGUUUGUUUCUAAAACCUUAAAUGGUCUGGACCCAUCAUACCUCUCUGAGCUGCUUCACCCCUGCGCUCUCAGGUCAGCUGACCAGCUGCUCCUGAAGGUACUGAGGUCUAAGCGGAGGUUCUGAGGAGACAGAGUUUCUGCUGCUGCUCCUACGUUAUGGAACGAUUUACCUCUCCACAUUAGACGAGCUUCCUCACCAUCCAUUUUUAAAACCAUCUAAAAACCCACUUUUACUCCUUGACUUUUGACCCAACAUGAGACGACAUUUGUUUUAUUGCUUUUAUUAUAUUUUAAAACAACUAUUUAUUGUUGUUUUAUGUUUUUAUGUUAUUAUAUGCAGCCCUUUGUGUCAGCUUUGGUCGUAUUUAAAGUACUCUAUAAAUAAAGUUGAGUUAUUUUGGUGGGUAAGAAGAACAAUGUGAUGUUUAAAAACCCUAAAAAAAAAAGAGACGAAUCCCCUCAAUGUGACUUAAACCGUUUCAGAGAGUCUCCUUGAUCUCUUCAGAUCUGGUCUUUGGUUCUGUCCGUCUCUGUUUUAACUCGACGACCUCGGUCCGUCUGUUUGGGUAUAAACGCUCUCUGCUGUCUCGUGAAAUGUCACGUAGCGCCGCAGGUUAAAAGCGGAGUGCCGCAGGGCUGGGAACUGGACCCGGUGACCUUCCGCACACAUACAGGAGCGAGGAGGAUGUUGCGUGCAGAAAAAAAACAACUGAAAAUAAAAACACAGAAUCUCCUGCAUGAAAACAAAAGCAAAGAUGAGAGAGAGUGAGGGGCUCUGAAAGGCAAAACAAAGCCGGCGCAAUGUCAACAGAGAGCUGCGAGCUGAUUGGACGAGAGCAGGAGGAGUCCUGCACAAAGAAAACUACCUGUUGUUGCUUUUCUGUCACACACCACCUGCUCGGACAGACGGCGUGUUUUGACGCACAUCCCUCCUCCCCUGAAAGCGUCUGGAGCUCUUGGAGGAUAUUUUCGGUCUCCUGCUGCAGCUCCGCCUCUUCCUCUUCCCCUCCGCGACCAUCUCUGAGAUUUUGGAGCAAAGUUCAGUCAGCGGUUUAGAAACUCCAUCCUGUGUUCUUAGAAAGCAGAAUCAAACUCUGACAGGGUUCUGUUUGUUGUUUAUGACCGAACCUCUGUCACUCAAAUCAAGGCUGAGGUCGGGGUCAAAGGUCAAAGAGAUGGCUGACACUGGAACGCUCCUGAGUGUAUUUUUAACCUCUCCUACAGUCUGUUUUCUGUCCGAUCCUCCAGAGUCAACAAGUUUCCUUUAUUCACCUCCACACUCUCACCGCCCACACAGAGACUCGGUUCAGGGUCUCGCUGUUACACAACACGCCACACGACAUCAGUCAGCUGAGAUUCAGACCGCUUUGACCUCCGAAAACAACGAAGGCUCUUUAAUAAUCAGGGAUCGAAGUUUUAAAGGAACCAAACUACGAUGAAAGUUUCCCGACCAUAGACUGUGUAUAGAACGGACGCCGUCUGCCUCCUCACUGAGUGAAACCACCGCAAGAACAGCACCCUCUGGUGACGGGCUGCAGUAUAGGUCAUAAAUCCCGUCUUCUCCAGCAAAGCUUAUGGGGUUGUGGACAAACUAGAAAUUAAUUACACAGAAUAUAAAUAAUUCUCACCUCUUCUUGUGAUGUUGACAUGUAGUUACUGUAACCCUGAAUUUCCACCACAUUCGGAGCUGCUCCGAUCCGGAAUGGCGGUCAUUUUUCGCUGUUUGCCGAAUAAGCAGUAGAUUGUGUCCUUCCAGAGGAGGAAAUCUACUUCUAGACUUCUAGAAUCAGCAUCUCCUCAUCCAUGGUGUCAUCGGGGUGAAAUGACGUCUAAAAACCUUUCACUUGUUCGUCUCCGCCCGUUUGCAUGGUGUGAAAUACGAUCCCCCUGAAACACGGAGUGUUUUAUUUUGAAAAGAAGCCGGAUGUUUUAUUUUGUGUCUGUGCCUGACUUCCUUUCCAGCACGGGUUAAUCUGUGCUGAAUUUAUCCGCCAUGCUCCGGCGUCCAGAAAAAAUAAAACUCUUGUGAUCAGAAUUGAAAGAACCCGAUGAAAAUCGACACGUUAACUUGAAAGGUUACGAUCGGCAGAUACGACCUCUUCGUAGACGUUCUGCAUGAGGUGGAAAUUGGGGUCAAGACUGGUUCGUGCUCAAGUCCCCCUUUUUUUCUGUACAGCUCCAUUUUUAAAAGUUAUUAGGGGUUCAUGUUUUCCAUGACUGACACUUUUUCCAGCCUAUGGACUUACGAAAAUUUUAUGGCGUCAUCCCAGUGACUCUCGGCGACUCUCCCGCCAAAUGCGUUUAUAUCUACUGUCUAAUGUUGGUGGAGAAAAAAGUGCAGAAAUAUCAUUUGCUUCAAAUUCGUACACUGGUGCAAAGCGGAACCGAGUUUUCCCAUCUGUUAACAUGGAAGGGGCGGGGCUUAUGACCUAUACUGCAGCCAGUCAGCAGGGGGAGCUCCUUACGAUGUCCACUCCAGUCUUGAUUGAGUGGGUGUCUUUGCUGUGAUGAAACUGACCCCCCCCCUGUACCGACUCUCUGUCAUGUUUCUGCCCCCCCCUCACCUGUAACCUCCGUAAACUCUCACCGUCUCACCGUGGGUCGUGUCAGCCUCCUGCUGCUGUGACUUCCUCAUUGAUCUAUUUUUACCCCCACAGGCAGAAAAAUCUCUCACACCCACGUUAGCUUUGUUUUCACCAAGCCUCCCGCCUGUUAGCGCCUCCACACGGCGUCCACGCUGCAGGUUUCUGCGCCGUCACCGUGUGACCUCGGGCUCCUCUCUGCUGCUGCUCUUCUUCUGCUGUUUCUUCUUCUUCUUCUUCUGCUGCUGCAUUUUUCUACUGUUUUCACUCCUGUUUUUUUCUCUCCUCACGCUGCUGUGCGCCCUGGUUUGAAUUUGAGAAUAUAAGCGACUGGCUUCCCGUCCUGACAGCUGAUGAUCUCAUGGAAAAAUCUUCUGAGCUGUGCACUUAAAAACUGAUUUAUAAUGAAACGCAGCCCUGAGUUUUUUCAGGAUGUGAGGUUUUGGUUCAGAGCUGGACUCAGGCACGAGUGGAGAGUUUUUAUGUUCCAUUAAACUUUUGACAUUUCUUCUUCGGAGUAACCAAAAGCAGCCACUACCUCCUGUCAUGUCCUGCAAAAGAGGUUUUAUAAAAGCGGCCUGCAGACGUGUGGACGAGGCCUCUGAUGCAGGUUUGAACCCUGCAGAACCUCAAACUCCACAUUUCUCUCAGCAGAGCCUCACUUGACCCGGUCGUCAGACGAACGGCGAACCACUCAGGAGUCGGUGAAACAUGAGUGACAGGUCAGGAUUUUUAUUAUCACCGUUUGGAGAAAACGUCAAAAAUCUGCAGAAGAAUCCUCCGGAGCUCCCGUGAGGAGUUAGAGACUGAUUAUGAAACAGACUGACAUCCGCAGUGACGCCUCUUAAUGGCAUUCAAAACCGAACCAGACCGUCAGAGCGAGAUAUUAGAAACAUCUCAGACUGUUUGAGGGACUUUUCACCCACUUAGGUUAAACAAUUAGAAAGAAAACCCCCAAACUUCAGGUCCUGAACCUCUGAAGGAGUCAAGAUUAUCUUCCUCUCCCCCCAGUGUCUAUGUCUGUAAACUUAACCUGACGUUCUAGCCUGCCUGAACUAACUCUUCGCCUAAUUUAAGUCACUGAUUAAACAUUUACUUAGGGUGACUUCCCAAGAAGGGGACACGACUAAGCGGGGGCGGAGUCACAGAGUCGCACAAAGUUAAUUUUGAGAGUUUUUCGGGUCGGAUCGAGUGACUUUUACGCACUUCUGACCCCCAAUUUCCAACGCAUCUGGAACAGCUGCGAACAGGUCGUAUCCUCCGAUCGUAGCUGAUCGUAAACCAUUCAAAUUAACGUGUCAAUUUACACCGACUUCUUUCCGUUCCUCUGCGGAUCGCCGGACUCCUCAGCUGAUCACAAGAGUUCUAUUUUUUCUGGACGCUGGAGCAUGGCGGAUAAAUUCAGCACAGAUUAACCCGUGCUGGAAAGGAAGUCGGGCACAGACACAAAAUAAAACAUCCGGCUCCUUUUCGGAGACGAACAAGUGAAAGGUUUUUAGACGUCAUUUCACCCCGAUGACACCAUGGAUGAGGAGAUGCUGAUUCUAGAAGUCUAGAAGUAGAUUUCCUCCUCUGGAAGGACACAAUCUACUGCUUAAAUGUCUAUGUGUCUGUCUGUAGAGAGACAACUCGUUAUUGUGCGAUUGAACGUGAAUCCGCGGGUUCUUGUGAGUUCUUGCGAUUCCUGUUGUCUGUAAUGUGCCACGAAAUUCGCCUUACAAACAGGUCUGGUAGGAAUUGACAGGUGGCGAAUAUUGCCGCCGUUCCAGAUGGAAGCCGUCCCGGAUGUGGUAGAAAUCUCGGGUGACUCAGUAAGUUCACGUGACACAAACUCGAAACCUUCGUGCAAAACUGCGGACAUUUGAAGGAUUUUAUAAACCCAAAAAGAGGACAUGUCCGGGUAAAAGAGGACGUAUGGUCACCCUAAUUUACUAACCGUUAGGUGGGUGAUCGGAAAGAAGUCGGUGUAAAUUGACACGUUAACUUGAAUGGUUACGAUCAGCUACGAUCGGCGGAUACGACCUUUUCGUAGCCGUUUAGGAUGCAGUGGAAAUUAGGGGUUACUGUAACUUCAUGAGAAGCAGCAGCUAUGAAAAAAAGGGAAGAGCUGCUCUUAUUUGGGCAGAAACUGGGAGGAGGUAGGGGCAGGGGGCGGGGCUUGGCAUUGUCAGGAUUUGAGUGGAGGUAAGGGGGGGGGGGGGGGGCUGCUUGUGCACCUGUGUGAGCGCAGCGUCUUGAGAAAAAGGAAGAAAACAGGAUCUGAAACUCCAACAACAUCCUGCCCCCCUCCCAUCAGUGUUUAUGCUGCUUUUCCUGCUCCUGUAGAAAGUGGGAAAGAGAUGAAUCAGCCCGUGUGUGUGUGUGUGGGGGGGUUUCCUUCUUUAAGGCCUCUGCUCAUCUUCACACACACACACUCACACACAGAUUUCCCAUUCAUACGUCUCUUUGAUUCGCCGUGGGAAAACGAGCUCAUCAGCUCAUCCUGCGGAGAUGAAUGAAAACGGUCACGUUUCAACGCGUCAGAUAACCUCAAAAUAAAUCUGCUGACCGUGACUCAGAUUGAUUUCUCGGAGGGUGAUGAUGCCACUCGCUGCCCCGUUGGCUGUUGGGAAGGGAGGAAAAUCCCAGCAGAAAUUAGCGAUAAAGUUAGCGGAGAUACUUCCUGGUACAGUCAUUUGCUUUUCAUUCGCCAAUUUGAGGUGAUUAUGAACAAAGACGGGAAAAUAAACUCCAGGAUCGAGGUCACGGGAAGAUAAAAUCACGACACGGAUCAUUAAAGUGUUGGAGCUCGUUCAAAAACAACAUGGAGGUCGGCUCAACACUCAAGAAUGAAGCCUGUCGGCACGUGUUUUAGUCCGAAUAUUGAACUUAAUUACAUUUCUGUUUUUUAAUGAGAAGUUCCUGCUGAGUCAAACCUGGAGUUAGUGAACCACAGCAGAUACUGUUCAGUCUCUGAAUGUCUGUGAGCGCAGGAGAAGUAGCUGAAGUAUCUGAAGUUAUGAGGAUUGUGGGGAAAAAAAGGUCACUUCAGGUGUGAGUGUGUGAGAGUGCGCAUGAUGGAGAGCUUGAUGGUGUCCCAGACUGGAGUAAAGGUGAAGCUAGUGUGGGAGGAGGUCCUGAUGAGGGGAUCUGAACCUCUGCACCAGAUCAUGAACAUGAGGACAAGUGGGGUAGUCAGGAUUCUGUUAAAGAAGCAUCUUUUUUUGUGGUGUAUUUAUAAAAAAUCUUUUAAUAUCAGUCAAUAGUUAUUAGUUAUUGAUGACAUUUGGUAAUAUAACGUUAACGUUUUUGAGCGGUCCGCUCUUUCUGACUGUAAACAAAGCCGUUCUCCACCUCCUCUAACCUGAUUGGUUGUGAGGCAGACGCUGCUCCCCCGUGUCGUUCAGGAGCCCAAACAAAGUUAGCGUGCUACAAUAUCGGACAGUAGAAACCAACCAGAAAGUUCGGAAAAUUGUCUGAAUCCUCCUUUGGCCACGACUGCCGACACAAGCAAGAAAACAAAGUAAAUACCGGAGACUCUGGAGGAAUAACGGGCGCUUAAAACGGAGGUAGACCGGACAAGAGCUAAAAAGCCGGGUCAACAUAAACGAUGGGGGACGCUUGGGGAUCUUGGUGACCCUGUAACCUUUCUGCUGGACAGGUAAACCGCUUUAACAAAGUAAGACAAGUGUCUGUAACAGAAGUGUUUCUUGUCAAACGGACCUGCUGUAGCGUGUUGUAGCGCCAUCGCUAAACUGUCCUCCCUCGGGUCCUGGACUAUGUCACUUUAUCCUCGUUGUAGAAGUCCUGCAAACAUUGUGUUUGCUGGUAGUCUGUUGGCAUCUUCAGUAGCACCAAUGCUUUUGACUUUCACCUUGACUGGGCCCCAUUUGUAAUGAUCUGAAGUAUUUAUCUGCAUUAUAUCUGAAUUUAAUUGGAACGAUACGAGCGAGCAGGAGCGUCUGUAUGUGGGCCGAGUACCCCACCUUUAACGUGACGAGUGUGACGGAUGCAAAAUAACGUUUGUUCACGCCAAAAUGUUUCGGACUGGACCUUUAAAAUUCAGUCCUACACGAACACUUAAAUUGCGAUCGAAAACCUCCACUACAGGAAGUUUCUCUUCUCAGUGUCACCUGUUUUCACGUACAGGUCUUGUUUGCAGAAUCAUGAGGUUUUUGGAGUUUUAUUCACCACCUCUGCAAAGACCAACCUUUGGAGAUUUCUGCGGACUGUAGCUGUAAGACAUUUGUUUCCACAAAGGAGAGGCUUUUGUUGGACUUAUCAUGAUCUCCUCAUGCUUCGUACUCUCAGUAGGUGAGAAUGUGCAUGAAUGGUUUUCUAUCUGUUCUGUCCAGGUGUGCAGACAGACAGACGGAUGGACGUUUCAGGGUUUCAAAGAGCUGAACUUUGGCUCAUUAAUGAGUUGAAAUGUUUCUUGCACACUCUCCAAAGUCACCUAAAGGUCGCCCUUCAAUUUAUUUCUCCUCAGAUUGAAAGUUGACGAGACGGCGUGAAGGUUUUCGAUUUCCUUUUUUCUGUAGUUUUAUGAGGGUGAAAAGUCAAAUGGAAACUCCGAAACAACUGAAUCGAGCUUCGCUGGAAAACACAUCCUGCUCCCAGGGGACCAGAGCUUGCAUAAGUGAGGUAUUUCUGUGACCACACACACACACACACACACACACACACACACACACACACACACACAGCAGAGCGUCCUGAUGAACACACAGGAAGUGAGUGCCAAAGAGGAAGCGAACACGUCGGGUUUGUGUGCGCGCUGAAGGGAAGAAGAAGUGUUAAAGUUAUUAGCCGAGUGGGAGCGGUGCGUUCAGGGGGCAUCCUGUGCACAACAAGUGCUUCCUGCUCUUUCCUUUAACGCCACAAAACAGGCCCAGAGAGUGAGGGGGGAGGGGGUGAGACCGUCAACCUCCCGACAUGUGAACCUGCUCACAGACAAACACAGGUGGAAACUAUCCGCCACCGCCGCUGCCCUCAGGAAACAGCGUUAGUGAAGGUCUGAAGGCCGUCUGCUCUGAUCUAUACGGAGAGAGAUCCUAUAGAGAGAAUCGAUGGAAAAGUCAUGGUUCUCAUUUGAGGAGCUGCAGCACAUUCCUGCACACACACACACACACACACACACACACACACACACACACACACACACACACACACACACACUCAGAUUACUUCAGGAUCUCUGAGGCUGCAGGAUCUCAGCUGGUCCUCCUCAUCCUGCUGCAUGGAGAUCAGAUGAAGCUCCUGCAGCAGAAUAAAGAACACAGCGAGAUUUUUACAUCCUGCAAUAAGGAGUUCAAAAGAAUCGAAGUUUAUCUUUACAACUCUGAUCGGACCGUCUGCUGCUGCAGUUUUGCACCAAUAGUUUUGGUCUCACUAUAGAGGAGAUCUAAAUGUAUCCAGUCUGAGGACAAACACA